GCUCCCUCGCCCCCGGCUCCCGGCGCGGCCGCCCGGGCCCGGAUGCCAGGGCGGUGAGGUGGAGCUGGGAGCGGCUGCCAGAACUGGUUUGGCCGGACCCGAGGAGGUGUUUGGGCUGAGCCGCCGCCGCCACGCUCGGCUUCCUUCCCUCCUCGGCGCCGGCACGGCUCGGCCUGGCAAAGCUCAGCCCGGCACGGCUCAGCCCAGCAUCUCCCAGUGCUCCCAGACCCUCAGUGCUGGUGUGGGGCCACUGAUAAUGCCAUGGAGGGGGGGGCUCAGCAGAGCAGCCUCUGGGAGCCCCCCGAGCAGGAUGGGGGUCCUGGUGAGAGGGAUGGGGGCGAGGGGCCGCCCGAGGUCAGGCGCUCCCAGCCCCUCUUCAUCCACGGCAGCAGCCGGCAGCUGCCACAGGAGGAGCCACGAGCGUCGUCGCUGCCCAGCAUCCCCAACCCCUUCCCCGAGCUCUGCAGCCCCUCCAACUCACCCAUCCUGAGCAGCCCGGCCCUGGGACAGGGACCCCCCCGCGAGGGCACCUCCCAUCUGGUGAAGGUGUUCGGCGAGGACGGCGCGUGCCGCUCGCUGGAGGCCUCGGCGGGGACCACGGCGCGGCAGCUCUGCGAGACCCUGGUGCGCAGGACGCGGGCGCUGCACGACCACAGCUGGGCCCUGGUGGAGCUGCACCAGCACCUGGCCCUGGAGCGCUGCCUGGAGGACCACGAGUCGGUGGUGGAGGUGCAGAGCUCCUGGGCCCCGGGUGCCGACAGCCGCUUCGUGUUCCGCAAGAACUUCGCCAAGUACGAGCUCUUCAAGAGUAACGCGCAGUUGCUGUUCCCCGAGGUGAUGGUGUCCAGCUGCCUGGAGGCCAACAAGAGCAUGGCACACUCCGAGCUCAUCCAGAAUUUCCUCAACUCUGGGAGCUGCCCUGAGGUCCAGGGCUUCCUGCAUCUGCGGGAGGCCGGGCGCAAGGUCUGGAAGCGCUUCCACUUCUCCCUGCGCCGCUCGGGGCUCUACUACUCCACCAAGGGCACCUCCAAGGACCCCCGGCACCUCCAGUACUUCGCUGACCUCACCGAGUCCAACAUCUACUACGUGACGCAGGGCAAGAAGCUCUACGGGACACCCACCGAGUUCGGCUUCUGCAUCAAGCCCCACAAGGCGCGGAGCGGCGCGAAGGGCCUGAAGCUGCUCUGCAGCGAGGAUGAGCAGAGCCGCAGCUGCUGGAUGGCCGCCUUCCGGCUCUUCAAGUACGGGAUGCAGCUCUACCGCAACUACCAGCAAGCGCAGGCACGACUGAGCCAACCCCCCUGGAUCGGCCCCACGCCCCUGCGAAGCGUCUCGGACAAUGCACUGGUGGCCAUGGACUUCUCAGGGUGCACGGGCCGGGUGAUCGAGAACCCCAGUGAGGUGCUGACCGUGGCCCUGGAGGAGGCACAGGCCUGGAGGAAGAAGACGACGCACCGGUACAGCCUGCCCGCAGCCUGCCACAGCUCCCCGCUCAGCGCCGCCAUCCACCGCACCCAGCCCUGGUUCCACGGGCGCAUCUCCCGGGAGGACACCCAGCAGCUCAUGGGCCGUCAGGGCUUGGUGGACGGGGUCUUCCUGGUGCGGGAGAGCCAGCGGAACCCCAAGGGCUUCGUGCUGUCCCUGUGCCACCUGCAGCGCAUCAAACACUACCUCAUCCUGCCGAGCGAGGAGGAGGGUCGGCUCUACUUCACCAUGGACGAUGGGCAGACGCGCUUCGCCGACCUUAUCCAGCUCGUGGAGUUCCACCAGAUCAACCGCGGCAUCCUGCCCUGCAAGCUGCGGCACUACUGCACCUGCGUGGCCCUCUGAGCCACGGCACGGCACCACCGGGAGGGGUUGGCACAGCCUGGCACCAGCGGCACGGCAGGGUUUGGCUCAGUCUGGCCCUGCUGGCGUUCUUUGGCUCAGUCUCACCGCCGACGUAGCGCGGCUUGAUACAGCCCAGCAGCACCGGCACGGAACGGCUUGGCACAGCCCGGCACCGCUGGGAUUGUUUGGCACAGCCUGGCCCUGCUGAUACGGCACAGCCCAGCACCACCGGUGUGGUUUGGCACGGCUGGGCGCCACUGACGUGGCACAGCUCAGCACAGCCUGGCACUGCUGGCACAGCUUGGCACCAGUGGGAUGGUUUGGCACAGCCCAGCAGCACCAGCGUGGCACAGUUCGGCACAGUCUGGCACAGUUGGGUGGUAUGGCACGGCCUGGCACUGCUAGUAUGGCACGGCCUGGCACAGCCCAGCACCAUCGGGAUGAUUUGGCACAGCCUGGCACCGCCAACAUGGCACAGCUCAGCACAGCCCAGCGCCAGGACCCCCACACUCAAGCACUUUCUCCCCUCUGCCCUGCAGCACCAGCCCCGAGUGUCCCUGCAGGGGCCUGGCACUCCUCGCCCCCACACCAGGGGGGUUUUGGGGUCCCCAGGAGCGGGGUCCCGGGGUGUGGGGGUGAGGGGGGCACCCAUCACCGUGUCCCCCACGUCUCCACGAGGCCAGUUGAACUGGGACGUGUUUUAUACCAGUGAUAAAUAAAGGUUAUUUUUGCA